AUGAACAAAGCCGCUGACAGCGAGAAGCAAGGGCCUUUUGACGAAUACAAAAGCACGUAUUACGGCGUCUUGGGUUAUUUCAUCACCACCAUAAAUGGCACAGAAAACGAUCCUAGCACGAACUCCUACUGGUUGUUUUAUGAUGAGCAAACCGGAGCGUCACUUGAAUUUGGGAUGAGCUCGUACCUGCCAUUUAACGUUAAAAAUUCCAAGAAACUCAAGUCACGGUAAUAAUGCGAGUGCUAGUGGAAGCUGUAAAACCCAUUCCAAUGAUCCGGUUAUUACCCAGUACACGCUCAAUAUGUUUGGAUGUGGCCCCGAGAAACUGGGUUCAGUACACAAAAGCCAUGGCCUAUUUGUAAACUUUGUGGAAAAAUGAAGAAAAUAGGAAUAGCCUAAAAAAGGGGCGUAAAAGGAAAAGGCAACGACUCAAACCACGGAAGUUUCCUUUAAUUAAUUUUUACGGGGACAUAGCUGCGGGCAAUCCCUCUCCAUAUUAAAAGUUUAUUCCGAUGGAAAGACUUCACAGUUCCGGUUCAAAUUCCCUACCCUACAGAGGCAAGGUACAAAUUCCCCACCCCCGGGCACGAACGACAGUCAAGUGCCCGUGGGUUACCUGGGGGAAGGAUGUUGAGGCUUCGAAUUGAUCGACGCGUAUGCCUCGACGUGGUUAACUGAACUAGGAAAAUUCUGGGCGAGCGAGGUUGUAUCUACUUAGUUUUCCCGUGAUCAUGUAAGAGCAAGUAAUUCGUUAUUAACGCCAUGUUCAGCCAUUUUCUAUCAGGAUUUAGCAGCGAGGCAUAAUCGAAGCAAAGAAGUAGAGAUUAGUGCUAGCUAUAAAGAACGAGUCUAACCAAAAUCAGAUGUGCUCCCAGGACUUUCUGAAUGGUAAUGACAAAACAUCGGUAUAAUUUUCAAGGGGAAAAAAGUAAGAAAAUUUGCCAUUUUAACAUAACUGUUUAUUAAAUAGGAACUCGAUGUAACUAAAUGCUUUGCCCUUGAUGUGGUAUUCCGUCACAGUUUUAAGACUUAUAACAAAUUUCGAAUGAACGCCACUUCUCCAGUCGUCUGAGAUCUGCCUUUUCAUUGUUUUACCGAAGUCGCGUGUACUUGUGUUCACUCUGUUAAUUUUGAAGAUUCUCAGACCUACAAUGCUAGACAUAAACAAGAAGAAUACAAAAUAAAAAUGAGAAUUUAGCAAAGGACAUUUCACUAGGUGGCUCUUAUCCCUCUCCGUUUCACUGAGGUUGAAUUGAAAUUUGAAAUGUUGAUUUCUGAAGAGGAAGUAAAACCGAAGGACCUGGAGAAAAGCCGUUGGAGCAAAGACGAGAACCAACGACAGACUCAACUCACAUGUGACGUCAGGUUCAGGAAUCGAACCCAGGCCACAGAAAUGGGAGGCGAGCACUAUCACCACUGCACCAUCCCUGCUCCCCAAAAAUACAUGCGGGAAACGAUGGGACGAUAUUGAGAAGUUUUGCGGAGAAGGUCCAACCAGCGAUUUUGCAUGUACUAAUGUGCUUUCAUAUCGUUCUAGGUUCCACCCUCUGCGAUCACAGUUACCAUUGCAAUAGAGUGGAAUCCGGACGUUACCAUGAAGCCCAUCCCUCCUCCCUACACCACCAAAGUCGCCAGCGGCACGACACUUACAGAAAUCAUCAACAAAGCUGCAGAUAAAAAUCCCAAGGGCCCUUUUAAUAAGUAUUCAUCCGCAUAUUAUGGCGGACAGGGACAUUUUAUCACUGCCAUAAACGGUACUCAAGAGCCGCCAGUUAUUUUACAUAACUUAGAUUAACGGAUUCCACUAUUUUUCGCUUCAAGAUGUUAGUGCAGUUAUGAAGCAAAUUCGGAGUCCGAGUUGGUUAUUACAAAAACUGCUUGAACUGCAAAACCUCAAAAAUGGAACAAAGAUCCCCAUCCUACGCUCAAAUUCCACUUCCUUUCUUCAGUAUAACAAGGAAGAUGUGCGAUGGCCAAAAUGCACCAUUUUGGCAUCAUUAAAAAUGGUGGAGAGGUGGGGAGGGGAUAGCGCAAAUGUUACAUUUACUUACGUCAGGAUAGUUGGAUCAAGUAUAGAUUAUCACCGCUGUAACGCUUCCUGUUUUGUUUUCUAAGGAUUCUACCAAGGACUGGCUCUGGAAGAUUUACGACAAAGCAACUGGAAAACUCUGGUCACCCUUUGUAGAUGAGUACAAACCACAGGACGGCUCAACUACGAUCCUGAAGUUUAUCUCAAGUUAG